UUAUUAUAGUUCUCUCACAACCAGGAUUCUUCUGCUUUCAGAGUGAAAAUGGUGAACUAUGAAGUGACAGUAUCCACUUCCUGCCUCGAUGAUGCCGGCACUUCAAGCAGGGUCCACAUUAAGCUCGUGGGAAAAGAUGGGGAGAGCGAACGCACCUGGCUUGAAGGACAUUCCUCUUUCAUCCCAGGAGCUGUGUCUUCUUUCACUGUUUCCUGCCCUGUCUCCAUUGGAAAGCUGCAUGGGAUAGAGCUAGACAAACAGCCACCAGAAAUACAAGAUGAUUGGUUCCCUGUCAAGGUGGUAGUCAAAUCCCCUGAGGGACGCACCUACAAGUUUCCCAUUGUCUGUUCCAUCACUACCAGUGAUGUACAAUUCUUCGAUGAGGAAGCUCAGAGUACGCUGCCUAUGUUAAGCAAUUCAGGGGUACUUGAACGGGGAUAUCAGCAGACCCAACCCCCGCUGGACCGGAGAACUCUGCCGCAGGAACACCAGGAUUUGCCACAAGCUCAGAGUACGCUGUCUGUGUCAAGCAAUUCUAUUAUAUCACGCAUUCGGCACUGGAUCGACCCAAAUUGGCGAUUGAAAGAAUAUAUCUGGUAUUUGUAUGGAAAAGGAAUGCCCUAUUGCAUGAAGGCAGAAACGACUUAUUCUCUGCCUUCGGAGGUCAAGUUCUCCUGGACCAAGACUUGGGAGUUUGACUCCAAUCUCCUCAAAGGGCUGGUUAAGCUGCGGCUGGAGGGACUUUCUGAUUCCAAAGAGAACUGGACUGAUCUUGAUCAUAUCAGAGGAAUAUUUAACACCGAGAGAAAAUACUUACCAGGCUAUGUCCGGCAACAUUGGAAAGAGGACGCUUUCUUUGGCUACCAGUUCCUAAAUGGUGUCAACCCCAUGUUGAUCCGACGUUGUUCAGCUCUGCCCAACAACUUUCCUGUCACUGAUGAGAUGGUCUUCCCCAGUGGUCCGCAUACCUUGGCAGAGGAAAUGAAGAAAGGCAACAUAUUCCUGUGUGACUACAAGCUUCUGGAUGGACUGAAAGCAAACAUCAUUGAUGGGAAGCAGCAGUACAUGGCGGCUCCCCUCGUCCUACUCCACAAAACAUCUGAUGAUGAGCUGAGGCCACUCGCUAUUCAGCUGAAGCAGACUCCAGCAGGAGACAAUCCCAUCUUCCUGCCUACUGAUUCUGAGUACGACUGGUUGAUGGCCAAGAUUUUCGUUAGAAGUGCAGAUUUCAACCUGCAUGAAAUCAAUUGUCACCUGCUGCGCACACAUCUGCUGGCUGAAGUCUUCACAGUGUCACUGAUGCGCAAUGUGUCAAGGAAACAUCUACUGCAUAAGCUGCUCUUACCUCACACUCGUUACACUCUGCAAAUCAACGUCCUAGCUCGAACAAACCUCAUAUCUGAGAACGGAGCUUUCUCACAGUUUGUAUCUUCUGGUGGAGAGGCUUUGAAGACUAUCCUGGGGCGAUCACUGUCCUCAUUGACCUACAGCUCCCUCUGCAUACCAGAGGACAUCACUGAGCGUGGCCUGGAGGCUGUGCCCAACUUCUACUAGAGGGAGGAUGGACUCAAGCUCUGGGAUAUCAUCAAAAGGUUGGUGCAGGGAAUGCUCAGCUUCCACUACAAGAGUGAUGCCGAUGUUAAGUAUGACGAACAACUGCAGGAUUGGAUUUCAGAAAUAUUUAAAUAUGGAUUUCUUUCCCGAUCAUCAACAGGGAUCCCACAGAGAUUCACCACCGUGGAGGAGUUGGUGAAGUUUGUCACCAUGGUGAUCUUCACCUGCUCAGGACAGCACUCAGCCGUGAACUCUGGACAGUAUGACUAUGGUGGCUGGAUGCCCAACGCUCCCUCCACAAUGCAACUUCCUCCACCAACCAGAAAGGGGACAACAAGUGAGGAAACAAUGCUGCAGACAUUGCCGAACAAGAGUCAGACAGCUAAAGCAAUGGCCACCUUGUGGCUACUCACCCACUCUGUCGCUGACGCAGUACAUAUUGUCCACUACCCUGAUGCCGACUUUGACGAGACGAUUCCCUGCGAGCUGAUAAGGGCCUAUCAAGGAGAGCUUCAAACAUUGAGUGCACGCAUCCGUAUUAGAAACUUGUCCCUGCAGGUCCCAUACACAUACAUCGAUCCAGCGGUGGUAGAAAAUAGUGUGACUAUCUGAAUAUCAGAAGGAAUAUGUUCCUGAGGUGCUGGCCAAAUUCACCUUCCUAUUAACCAAAGUAGAAAUGGGGAAAAACUGCACGCUAUUAAAUAAUGUUGGUGUGGGGGAAGGUAACUACUGCGUUUGAUCAUUGAGUGAUGAUCUGGGAUUUUUUUUAACAGCCUGAUUGAUAAAACGGAAAAUGUACAGUUUUAAAUCAUAAUCGACAUGUUAUUUCUUCUUAUUAGCCAAUUAAUCAAUACACAGGGUAUCUUAACAAAAUAAAUAGCUCCUGGGAAAAUAUUAUUUUGCAUUACAACUGUAAGACUUCAAUUAACUGUGCCUUAUUACUUAUGGUAAUAAUGAAAAGAUAAAUAUUUGUAGAGGGAAUUUUGUGUUGCCAUAUUCACUACAUGCCGUGUAACGUAUCUGUAUGUAUAAAAAAAACAGUUAGUGAGAAGUUUCUUAAGAUAUCCAUCUUUCAUGGACGAAAUGGGACAAUUCCAACUUGUUUGUUUAAACUUGUAUGUGAUAUGGAAAAUGUAAUAAACAUG